AUGUGGUGGAAAGCGCUGGGUGUUGGCUUGCAGCUGUUGGCAGGUAGGAGAAUCUCUCUCACAGGCAGGAUAGGUCUGUCCAAGGGCUUCCACAACUGUAAAAGAAAGGAAGAACCCAGCUUCACAGGCUGGGGCGCUUUAGGGGAGAUCUACCAAGAGAGUCGGCAAUGGGAUAAAAAGGGCACCCUGCAAGCAAUAUAGAAUUUUCAACCGAGAAAAGAAACAGGCAGAGAAAUGAGAAAGGAGGAGGGCCAGGAUAAUAAUAAUAAUAAUAAUAAUAAUAAUAAUAAUAAUAAUAAUUUAUUAUUUAUACCCUGCCCAUCUGGCUGGGUUCCCCAGCCACUCUGGGCUGCUUCCAACAAAACACUAAAAUACAAUAACCCAUUAAACAUUAAAAGCUUCCCUAAACAGGGCUGCCUUCAGAUGUCUUCUAAAAGUUUGGUAGUUAUUUUUCUCUUUGACAUCUGGUGGGAGGGCGUUCCACAGGGCAGGUGCCACUACUGAGAAGGCCCUCUGUCUGUUCCCUGUAACUUGGCUUCUCGCAGCGAGGGAACCGCCAGAAGGCCCUCGGCGCUGGACCUCAGUGUCCGGGCAGAACAAUAGGGGUGGAGACGCUCCUUCAGGUAUUCAGGAUGGGGAAAUGAGGGGCAGAAGCCCAGCAAAUCUAAAGGGGUCCUGGGCAGUAGAGGUGUCCCAUAGUUCUCUCUUUCUCUUGCUUUCUUUCAUUCUUAAUAUAUUUGAAUAUGUAUAAUGUAUCCAGUGCUUUUUUCUGGGGGUACGCAUGCCCCUAAACAUUUUGUGAAUCUAAGUUUGGCCUCAUUGAGGGGCAGUAUUUCAAUAUGAGUAGGAAAAUGAGAGUACCCCUAAACAUUUUUUUAUAUAUAGAAAAAAAGCACUGAAUGUAUUUACUUAAGAGUCGGUUCUUGUCAUAUCUUGCGUCCUUGAUGCUCCUAGUAACAGAUUAGGACCUACCUAGAUAAGUAGGUCCUUCAACCAGAGGGAAGGUCCUUUUCUGCGUUGCAGCAAGAUGGAUUUCUGCAGGUCUCCACACUGCUAGACCUUAACCUCCACUGAAGAUCUCAGCAAUUGGGCUGAUCUAUAUGAAUCCCUUAAUUUUCUUCUGGCCAAAGAAUGGCUGUGCUUCAUUCCUAUGGGGAACAUAAAGUACACCACAAGGGUGGAUGGCAUGCUAGUGGGGAGGAGAAGAUUAUGGGGAUAGUGCAGCCUGUAGAGCACGAGACUCUUAAUCUCAAGUUCGCAGGUUCGAGCCCCACGUUGGGCUAAAGAUUCGGGCAUUGCAGGGGGCAGGGUCCCUUUCAACUCUACAAUUCUAUGGGUUGAGGACUGGAAAGAAGGGGAUAAAGGAAUUGAUGGGAAAGAACUGAGGUAAACUGACGGGCCAUUCACUGCCAACUCAUCCUCUCCUGCUUUUGAAAUUCCACAGGCCGUUCUCUGCUGAAUGCAAGGGCUCAGUGCAAAUAUGAGGUGGGAUUUAGUUGAGGGAAAGGGCAGUUUCUUCCUUGUGGAAACCGAAAAGUAAAGUUAGGAGCCAAACUGUGACAUGUAAAGCUGAGCAAGCUCUCCUUCUUGGGGGGUCCUUGUUCACUUCUCAGGUCUUUUACAGGUUUCUGCAGUGGAGUCACCGUGACGCAGAAGGAACAGUUCAAAUUUGCCCGGAAGGGGGCCAAAACAAGUAUGGAGUGUUCCCACAAUGACAGCACCUACACAACUAUCCUUUGGUAUCGGCAGGAGAGCAACCGUGCAGACAAGUGGCUGGAGCUCAUUGGCUACUCUGUACAUGGAUCUGUGUCUAUGGAGCCAAAUAUGGAGAAAUACAGUAUAGAAUCAACAAAUGUGACACAUGCUUCCCUGUCCAUCACUCCAGAACAAACUACAGAUUCAGCCGUGUAUUUUUGCGCAGCCAGUAAAGGCACAGCAAGAACUUUCUGCCUCACAGCUGCACAUAAACACUGCAGCUCUGCCAACACUCCCCUUCCUGCCCUCUAUACCACACACACACACACACACACACACACACCCCAGUCACUUACAGAGUCCUGUUUCAUAAGACAAUGAGAAACAGCAGCACUAUCUGCCACUGUGGGCUUAUGGACCCUACACAUGUGCCUAUUUCCCAGGCACAGUCCUAAAUUUACAGAAGCUGUCCUGUUUCUGAUUUGAUCCCGAAAUGUCCCACUUUUCCUUAAGGUAAAGGUAAAGGGACCCCUGACUAUUAGGUCCAGUCGUGACCGACUCUGAGGUUGCAGCGCUCAUCUAGCUCUAUAGGCCGAGGGAGCCGGCGUACAGCUUCCAGGUCAUGUGGCCAGCAUGACUAAGCCGCUUCGGGUGAACCAGAGCAGUGCACAGAAACACCGUUUACUUUCCCACUGGAGCAGUACCUAUUUGUGUACUUGCACUUUGAUGUGCUUUUGAACUGCUAGGUUGGCAGGAGCAGGGACCGAGCAACGGGAGCUCACCCCGUCGCGGGGAUUCGAACCGCCGACCUUCUGAUCGGCAAGUCCUAGGCUCUGUGGCUUAACCCACAGCGCCACCCAUCUCCCUUAACUUUUCCUUAGGAUGCCCCUAUUUUCAUCGGAGAAAUGUUGGAGGGUAUGGGCUUAUGGCCAGCAGCAUUAUUUAUGAUUUUCAAUUGCAUACAUUUCAAUAAUUUUACAAUCAUUUGAACAUUUCAAAACUUGACUUCCUUCCCCCUCUUUCUGCGGUUCCUUAAAAUUAUUUUAAAUAUUUUCUGCAUAUCAAAAUUAAUUUGCUCAUUUAUUCAUCUCCUUUAAAUGUAUACUCUUAUAACUCUGCAGGUUAUUACAAUAAUCCUGCCAAUGUUCUUAUCUGUUUACAAUUUAUUUGUAAAUAUUCAAUAAACCAUUUCCAUUCUUUUAUAAAAAGUUUGUUAUCUUGAUUUCUUAUUUUUCCGGUAAGUUUCGCCAUUUCUGCAUAUUCCAUAAGUUUUUGUAUCCAUUCUCCUUUUGCUGGGAUUUCUUCUUCGUUCCAUUUUUGGGCAAGUAACAUUCUUGCCGCUGUAGUUAAAUACAUGAAUAUAUUUCUAUACAGUUUGGGUAGUUCUGUCCCUAUAAUCCCCAAAAGCAGGACUUCUGUUUCUUUUACAUACGUUCUUUCAAACAUCUUUUUCAAUUCAUUAUAUAUCAUUUCCCAGUAAGCUGGCUGACAUGGUGUCUUUAGAAAGCAUUCCAACACCCCCCCCCGCCCAUCUCCCAGAACCUGGCAAGCCUUAAAAGUAGGAGAGCAAAGAGCUCAAAGACAGAGGGCACGUAGCAGCACCCAUAGAGGAGAUGAUGAGCAUGAUGAAUGAGGAAGUGGGAGAGACAGGGGGGUGGAGAUUCACUCAGGACAAUGCCAUUAUCCAAGCGGCUGGGUUCUAUAGCCUCUCUCUGUAAAGACUGAAAUAAAAAAGGACGGUAAUAAACUUUCCCUUGUCUUUAUACUUUCCUGGGUAACUAGCUGGGAGCCGCUGACAGCAUCCUGACAGUUAUUUGCGUAUCUUGCAUAGAAAAAUUUUCUUUUCUUUGACCCGAAUCUACAGCCGAUUCAUCCCAUCAGGCCCUUGAGUUUUAGAGUUAAGGAGAGAGGGAUUUCUGUCUCUCCACAUGAUUCUUAUAUAUCUUAUCUUGUAACAAUUACAUAAAAUGCAAAUAACCCUCAUGUUGUUGUUUAGUCGUUUAGUCGUGUCCGACUCUUCGUGACCCCCUGGACCAGAGCACACCAGGCACUCUUGUCUUCCACUGCCUCCCACAGUUUAGUCAAACUCAUGCUGGUAGCUUUGAGAACACUGUCCAACCAUCUCGUCCUCUGUCGUCCCCUUCUCCUUGUGCCCUCCAUCUUUCCCAACAUCAGGGUCUUUUCCAGGGAGUCUUCUCUUCUCAUGAGGUGGCCAGAGUAUUGGAGCCUCAGCUUCACGAUCUGUCCUUCCAGUGAGCACUCAGGGCUGAUUUCCUUCAGAAUGGAGAGGUUUGAUCUUCUUGCAGUGCAUGGGACUUUCAAGAGUCUCCUCCAGCACCAUAAUUCAAAAGCAUCAAUUCUUCGGCGAUCAGCCUUCUUUAUGGUCCAGCUCUCACUUCCAUACAUCACUACUGGGAAAAACAUAGCUUUAGGCUAGCCUAAAAGGAAAGGUGAUUGUUUUUGUUUCCCCUUUCCUGGACUACAGCGUCCUUUUUGAGAUGGAGUGAGACUAUAUUGUAGGUGGAGCUUCCUUCAGCUGCUCAGAGACAACCCAAAUUUCUAGACGGAAGUCUGUGAUUAAACAUCUCUGCUAGUCAUCACUGGGUGAGGGUGUGAGAGAGAGGAAUAUCUUGAUACCUCUGCACAAAUUUAAGAGUCUCACAAAACAUGUUAACAACCACAGUUUGGGUUGCACAGGGAGGACUACUGAACUCCUGUUUCUAAGAGAGCUUUGUUGUGUUCAUGUAGACAGAACCAGACUGCUGGUGCCAAGGAAGGAAGCCGAUAUAAUACAGUCACAUAAAAGCCACAUUCGACACUUGCAAAGAGCUCAGAGAUGUGGAUCAUCUGGUGUGUGGCUAUGUGCUUCUUAAAAUUCAGUAAGUCCUUUGUCAGAAUCCUCUUCUCUGCUUUACAGGCGGCUUUUAAUAUUCUAAUCCGAGACCCAGGUUUAAAUUUCCUCUUUCCUCUUUCUCUUUCAGGAUUCUCAAAUGCUGAGAUCACCCAGCCAUGGAGCCUGGUGCUGCAGGAAGACAAAACUGCACAGAUCGAGUGUGAACAAAAAUAUCAGCACAACGUCAUGUUCUGGUACCGCCAGGGUGCCAAGCCAGGUCUACAGCUCCUCUUUCACUACUAUUAUGCCCAGCAACAGCCUGCAGGCAAUGUUUCUGACCGGUUCACAGCUGAUAUGCCCAGCACAGAUCACUUGAUCCUGAAUAUUUCCCCUGCAAAGCCAGAAGAUUCAGCUGUGUAUUUCUGUGCAAGCAGCAGAGACACAGCAGUUCAAAGUAACCUCUCCUUCCUACAAAAUCCUCUGUGUGUCCUCAUCACUCUGCCUGCGUGGGCAACUGUGCUUGAGUGGUAGGGAUCCAUUUAGCAUGAAAUAUACUCAGAGUCGAGAGUGGAUUUCAUGCUCUUUAUUCAGCUCUUAGUGGUGAGGAGGACUGGAAGUUCCCCCCACAAUAUCUGCUUUAUAUACAUUAUUUACACAAUGGGCUGCACGUGAUUGGCUAACUCCGGGAUUCUCCUGUAGGCCAAUCAGGUUGUGGAUUCACUUCCACCUGGAGCUGGAUUGGGUGGCUCCUGCGGACCAAUCAUACUGCUUCAUUGUUCUAGGACCAAUCAGACUGCUGCAUACUGAAUCCUAUUGUUCUAGGACCAAUCAGACUGCUGCAUUUUGGAUCCUAUUCAACUCAGUACAUAACAACCAUGUAUGGACCAAUGUGAGAUUCCAAUUCCUCUGCGGGGCUUCUGGCAAUGGGAAACUCUAAGGCAGAGCAUGUGCUCCAGAAUCCUCUAAGGAGUUUGGAUUCGGGACAUUAUAAACAUUAUAAAACAGUGUUCAGGGCCAGGCAGGUUUGCUGGCUGACCUGGCAGCCUCAGGCUGCAACAUUUGCCUUUUCUAUUAUCGGAAAUAGCAUGUCUUUAUCACUUUUCCAUACGAUAAAAUGCUCAAAUUAUCCCAAGAUCCUGGGAAGUGAAAAGCUGCCGUGAUGACCUCGGGAGGUGGGCGUUCAGCCAGACAAAGCCUGCCAGCAGCUAUUUAGGACAUGAAACCUCCACCAAUUUUCUACUCUGAGCAGGUAGAGUGAUCAUUGGCAGAGACACCAUGAAGUUCCUCUUGAUCCUUACCUGUCUGGGAGUAGCGGGUGGGUCCUUAGAUGCUGCUUCAUCUUUCUUUCCUUGGAACUCAGGACAACUAAAAAAAAAAAAAAGAAUUUUCUAUCAUAGGCUCCACUGGAGACACCAAACGCCAUCCAGAAGUUAUAUUUGUCAACCUGCUGGGAUAACGCAGUUGUGAGCAGUGGUAGGGCUAGCAUACGAACACAUGGAGCAAGCUGUGUGUAGUGCCUUAAGCCCAGUGCAUAUUUUCCUAGCAAAAGAGGGGCCAGAACUCUCCAUGAACUUCUCCUUUGUUUUCUUAGAAUGGCAAUGAAGUGCAUCUGAAAGGUGCUGGAACUGAGUUCUGGCGAUUUCUGGCUGAAAAAAAGGCCCAGCUUUAGACUGUUCUUGGGUUUGCUUGUUCGUUUGCUUGCUUGCUUGCUUAUUUAUUUACUUAUUUACUUAUUUACUUACUUACUUACUUAUUUACUUACUUACUUGCACUAAGAUACAGGUCUUCAUAUGGGACGCGGGUGGUGCUGUGGGUUAAACUACAGAGCCUAGGGCUUGCCGAUCAGAAGGUCGGCGGUUCGAAUCCCCGCGACAGGGUGAGCUCCCGUUGCUCGGUCCCAGCUCCUGCCAACCUAGCAGUUCGAAAGCACGUCAAAGUGCAAGUAAAUAGGUACCGCUCCGGCGGGAAGGUAAACGGCGUUUCCGUACGCUGCUCUGGUUCGCCAGAAGCGGCUUAGUCAUGCUGGUCACAUGACCUGGAAGCUGUACACCGGCUCCCUCGGCCGGUAAAGCGAGAUGAGCACCGCAACCUCAGAGUCGGUCACGACUGGACCUAGUGGUCAGGGGUCCCUUUACCUUUUACCUUUACAGGUCUUCAUGGCCAGGGCCAGACCAACCAUGAGGCAAGGUGAGGCAAUUGCCUCAGGCAGCAGCAUCCACGGGGCAGCAGAUCUAGUCUCCAGAGUGUGACCUGCUCCUUGAAGGCCACAUCUGCUGCCUCCUCGGCAGCCCCAUACCCAACGCCACCUCUACAGAGGCCUUUUGGCGAUAGGAGGCACUGCUGGUCUCCUCCCACUCUUAUUCCCAAUGAAGAUUUUUGCCCCCACCCCUUGUUCUUCACUCACCCCUUCUUCCCUAGUUGGGGUUGCGGUGAGGAGCCAUUCUGUGGUUCACCUCAGCUGCCAGAAUGUCUUGGGGCAGCACUAUUCAUAGUAAAGCUAUUUACGACAGGCAGCUAGAGUCACCAUAUUGCCACUGUUUUGCAAAGACCUCCACCUUGCUUAGUUCCCCAGUUCACUGCAUGAUUUGGCAAGGCACUGCCUUAGCCAAACCUACCCUCAACAGGGUUGUGUUUCGAAGAAAACUGUGGCAAUAACUUCAGUACUCGGUACACUGAAGAGCCUUAUGUAAUGAUAAAUAGUUUGUGCAGAAGUUUUGUUGCAGCCUCUGCUCUGCAGCUGAAAACAGAGAGCAAGGUGGAUUUUAGCACGGCACAGUUGCUUCAGGAGUGAUGGUGCCUCGUAAAAGUUUAGGCAAUGCAGGGUCCUCAAAAUGUUAUUGGACUCCAACUCCCAUCAUCCCCAGCCAGUAUCACCCACAGUCAGGGAUUCUGAGAGCUGUAGUCCAUCAGUAUGGAGAAAGAUACUUUCUGCUGACCAUCAGGCAAUGGCUUUUCCCACCUGCUUUGCCCAACCCUCCAGCCCCAGGAGACUUUCCCAGACCAUAAUUUGAGAACAGCGGAAGCAGCUUAGAAGAGAGAAGAGGAGAUAUUCUUAAAAAAAUAAUUUUAUGUGUGUCCUUGUUUCUCAGUUGGAUCUUUUUACAUGGUUUCGUAUGCUUUCUGGAAUUUUUAUGCAUUGUGUCUAUGAUUAUAGUUUAUUAAUUCUUGAUUGUAAUUGAUAAGUGUAAAAUGUUUAAUUAUUAUUUGCUGGUAUUUAAUUUUACUGUUGACUAUUAUAUUUUAAUGGAUGAUUGAAUAUUGCUUUAUUUGAUAUAGGUUGUUUAUUUUAAAGUUAUUGUAACUUUUUUGUACAGUGGUACCUUGGUUCUCAAACUUAAUCCAUUCUGGGAGUCUGUUUGACUCCCAAAACCAUUUGAAAACCAAGGCACGGCUUCCGAUUGGCUGCAGGAGCUUCCUGCACUCAAUUGGAAGCCGCGCCGGACGUUCGGCUUCCAAAAAACGUUCGCAAACCGGAACACUCACUUCCAGGUUUGCAGCAUUUGGGAGCCAAUUUGUUUGGGAGACGAGCUGUUUGAGUACCAAGGUACCACUGUAUUGGAUCAGAUUGUUAUUACGUGUGCAAUCUUUGCUGUCUCUUUUGUUGUUUCUUCAGCUUGUAAAACGCCUUGUGUAUAGUAAUCUAGAAAGGCAGUACACAAAUUAAAAGUGAAAUGAAAUGAAAUAUUUGGAGGGCACCACAAAAAACUACCCCUGAUUUAAAGCAUUCAUGCAAUCCAAUCUUUGGCCUAUCCAUAAGAAAUGUGGUGCCGUUCUUUGUGUGCAGUGAAUUGGCAAAAAAAAUUACAAGGAUCUUCUUGAUUCAAGACGCUUCUGUUCAGUAAGAUUACGCAUUUCUGGCGAACAUAGCAGGGUGAUCGUCACUUUGCUUGGUUGACAACUGUCCUUGGCUGUCACAGCUGCUGUUCCCUUUGAUGACGACGACAAGAUUGUGGGAGGCUACACCUGCCAGGAGCUCUCGGUCCCCUACCAGGUGUCACUGAAUGCUGGAUAUCACUUCUGUGGGGGCUCUCUCAUCAGCAGUCAAUGGGUCGUAUCAGCUGCUCACUGCUUCCAGUCGUAAGUAAAGAACGUUCAAAUCCUUCAUCAGUGUUGCUUAGGCUCUGUUUCCCUCUCCCCGGAACCUUCUUUCAGAGCUAACAAAGUUUGGAUGGGACUAGGGCGUCACCAGGGAGACUGGUACCUUGGCAUCUACAUGCUGCAGAUACUCAGGACAGAUCAAAGAAAGCAAUUCUCCACAUAAAGGUAAAGGUAAAGGGACCCCUGACCAUUAGGUCCAGUCAUGACCGACUCUGGGGUUGUGGUGUUCAUCUCGCUUUAUUGGCCGAGGGAGCCGGAGUACAGCUUCUGGGUCAUGUGGCCAGCAUGACUAAGCCGCUUCUGGAGAACCAGAGCAGCGCAUGGAAACGCCGUUUACCUUUCCGCCGGAGUGGUACCUAUUUAUCUACUUGCACUUUGACGUGCUUUCGAACUGCUAGGUUGGCAGGAGCAGGGACCGAGCAAUGGGAGCUCAUCCCGUCACGGGGAUUUGAACCGCCGACCUUCUGAUCGGCAAAUCCUAGGCUCUGUGGUUUAACCCACAGUGCCACCCGCAUCCCUAAUUCUCCACAUAGCUGCACAGUAACCUUGGGUCAAAUGUUUGUGGUGAUGGCUUCUGUGAGGAAAGGGGAAUGUACUUGCAGAUUUCAAGUCAGUGCCCCCAUAAUCAUGAAAUAAUAAUAGUAAUAAUAAUAAUUUAUUAUUUAUACCCCGCCCAUCAGGCUGGGCCUCCCCAGCCACUCCAGGCGGUUCCCAACAGAUUAAAAACAGAAUAAAACAUCAAAUAUUAAAAACUUCCCUAAAUGACAUAAAAGACUUCCAUUGAGUUAUGAAUGUGUACCUACUCUUAUCCAUGCAUUUGAAAAUAAUAAUAAUAACCAAAGAAUUAACCUAAAGUUGAGUUCACACAGUUUGGGCAACCAGCAUUUCCUCAUAGGAACUUUUGCGUCUUUCCAAAGCUUUGCUACACAUAUCCCUUGCCGUUUGCUAAACAGUUAUCGACAAUCCUAAGCUUCCUUUUUCAAUCACUGCCUGGCCUUAAAUAUGACCUGGAAGAUUGUCUGUGGAUCUUCUUUUUCUUUCUUUUUAAAGUUUUUCUUUAUACUUUUCAAGUUUAUACAUUUAAUUAGUUUUACGAAUCACUUUAACAUUUCAAAAUUUGACUUCCUUCCCUCUCUUUCUGCAGUUCCUUAAUUUUUAAAAAAUAUUUUCUGCAUAUCCAAAUUCAUUUCACUUGCUCAUUUAAUUAUCUACUGUAAAUAUAUACUCUUGUGAAAACUGCAGGUUAUUACAAUAAGCCUGCUAAUGUUCUUAUCUGUUCACAAUUUAUCUGUAAAUAUUCAAUAAACCAUUUCCAUUCUUUUAUAAAAAGUUUGUUAUCUGGAUUUCUUAUUCUUCUGGUAAGUUUCACCAUUCCUGCAUAUUCCAUGAGUUUUUGUAUCCUUUCUUCCUUUAGUGGGACUUCUGCUGCUUUCCAUUUUGUCUGUGGUUUUUCUGGCACUUUUCUGUACAUGCUCUGUGUGAAUCAACCAUAUCACAUUCUAGAGCUUCAUUUAGAUUAAGCAUUUUGUACUUGGGCUGAGAAUUCCACACUGUAACAUACACUUAAUAAUAACCACUGUAACGUGUUGCAAAUAUUUCAGUUUCCGCAUCCAGGUGAGGCUUGGGGAAUACAACAUAAAUGUCCUGGAAGGGCCAGAGGAGCUCAUUGAUGCUGAGAAACAAAUUCCCCAUCCCAAGUAUGACCCGGUUACCACGGACAACGACAUUAUGCUCAUCAAGCUGGCUACCCCUGCCACCCUGAACUCCCGCGUCCGAGCCAUUUCCUUGCCUUCGAAAUGUGUGGCUGCUGGGACCGAGUGCCUGAUCUCAGGAUGGGGCAACACCCUCAGUGAUGGAUGUGAGUUAAAGCAUGUUUCAUGCAUUCAGAUCACACAGGGCAACUUUUCUUUCUGCAGGAAUUCAAGGCCAAACUAGACAUUGCCAUGGAGGUGCAUCUAGCAGCCUCUCAGCACUUUUAGUAGUAGUAGCAGUAAUAAUAAUAAUGUUGUUGUUUAGUCGUUUAGUCGUGUCCGACUCUUCGUGACCCCAUGGACCAGAGCACGCCAGGCACUCCUGUCUUCCACUGCCUCCCACAGUUUGGUCAAACUCAUGUUCGUAGCUUUGAGAACACUAUCCAACCAUCUUGUCCUCUGUUGUCCCCUUCUCCUUGUGCCCUCCAUCUUUCCCAACAUCAGGGUCUUUUCCAGAGAGUCUUCUCUUCUCAUGAGGUGGCCAAAGUAUUGGAGCCUUAGCUUCAGGAUCUGUCCUUCUAGUGAGCGCUCAGGGCUGAUUUCCUUAAGAAUGGAGAGGUUUGAUCUUCUUGCAGUCCAUGGGACUCUCAAGAGUCUCCUCCAGCACCAUAUUUCAAAAGCAUCCAUUCUUCAGCGAAUAUAAUAAUAAUAAUAAUAAUAAUAAUAAUAAUAAUAAUAAUAGAAGAAGAAGAAGAAUAGUACCAAUAAUAAUAAUUUAUAGCAGCACAUGCAGGGGCUGCUUAACCUUUUCCUCGCUGGCUGUUCCACAGCCCAUGUACCAUUUCAAAUGGAGAAAUGGCAUGUUUGGAUGCUUCUCCGUAUAAAACAAACCUGCCCAAAUAUUGAAAUGUGACACAUUAGGGAGAUUAAGCUGAAACUCAUUUCUUAUGGGAUUGUUAUUUAGAGCAUUGGUACCCCCACUGCUCAGUCAAAAAAAGGCUUCUAAGGUGGCUUAAAGGUAAAGGUAAAGGACCCCUGACAGUUAAGUCCAGUCGCAAACAACUGUGGGGUUGCAGCGCUCAUCCUGCUUUACAGGCCGAGGGAGCCGACGUUUGUCCGCAGACAGUUUUUCUGGGGCAUGUGGCCAGUGUGACUAAGCCGCUUCUGGCGAAACCAAAGCAGCACACGGAAACACCAUUUACCUUCCCGCCAGAAUGGUACCUAUUUAUCUACUUGCACUUUGACGUGCUUUCAAACUGCUAGGUUGGCAGGAGCAGGGACCGAGCAACGGGAACUCACCCCGUCACGGGGAUUCGAACCGCUGACCUUCCGAUCGGCAAGCCCUAGGUUCUGUGGUUUAGCCCACAGUGCCACCCGCAUCCCCAAGGUGGCUUAUGUACCAUCAAUUAAAACAACGUAGUCCCUGCUUGCAAGUUUUCCAUUUUAUCAACACAACACAAAAGGGGCAGAGAGGGAUGAGGAAAAUAGCAAACUACAAAGUAGGUAUGUAGAAGGGGCAAGCUUUUGGUGGUUGUUUUUUUUUAAAAAAAGAAAAACCCUCAAACAUGUAAUUCCUGAACUUUGCAAACUGUAGUGGUAUGGCCCCAGGUACGCGAUACAAUAUCACAGGUCAUGCUGUGGUUUGGUAGUUUUUGCUUCUCUAUUAAUUUCUUGGUUUAUAACAACAUUCCUUAUUUCCUUUUCCCCCACCCACUCCAUUUUGGAGCAGUCAACUUGCCAGAGCUUCUUCAGUGCCUGGAUGCUCCCGUUCUAAGUGACACCGAGUGCAAGGAUGCCCUGGUGGGGCAAAUCACCCCAAACAUGAUAUGCGCAGGAUACCUGGAAGGCGGCAAAGAUUCCUGUGACGUGAGAUGCUUUUCUGUGCCUUUUUUCUUUUGCCCAGACACAAAUGCUGCUGCUGCUGCUACACUUGUGCCUUUAAUUAGAAGAACCGUGUGGGUCACAUUUGCAGAUGACACCAAACUGGGGGAGGGGUAGCCAAUGCCGCAAGAUGACAGAAUCAGGAUUCGAAAUGACCUCAACAGAUUGGAGAAUGGGAACCAAACUAAUAAAAUGAAUUCCAAUAGGGAUAAAUGCAAGGUUCUUCACUUAGACAGGGAAAACCAGCUGUGCACAAAUAGAAUAUGGGAUUCCAUACAUUAAAAAUAGGACACAUUCUAGAAGGCAGGUUGAAUCCAAACUGGGAAACAUUGGCUUGUUGUGGAGUAGAGCCCAGGGGUUCAAACCAACUCCACUGCUAAGUAGGGAAAAUGAAACUCCUUUGAAGACCUUCAGAGGAUUUGGUAGGGGUGGGUGGGUGUUUUUUCUCCUUUGUUGUUGUUUAGUCGUUUAGUUGUGUCCGACUCUUCAUGAUCCCAUGGACCAGAGCACGCCAGGCACUCCUGUCUUCCACUGCCUCCCGCAGUUUGGUCAAACUCAUGCUGGUAGCUUCGAGAACACUAUCCAGCCAUCUCGUCCUCUGUCGUCCCCUUCUCCUUGUGCCCUCCAUCUUUCCCAACAUCAGGGUCUUUUCCAGGGAGUCUUCUCUUCUCACGAGGUGGCCAAAGUAUUGGAGCCUCAGCUUCAGGACCUGUCCUUCCAGUGAGCACUCAGGGCUGAUUUCCUUAAGAAUGGAUAGGUUUGGUCUUCUUGCAGUCCAUGGGACUCUCAAGAGUCUCCUUUACAAUGCCAUAAUCAGGCUUCAGAUGCAUAAAUUGGUACCCGACUAAAAAACAGAUGUUUCUUAACUACCCAAAUCUUUUAUUUACAGGGGGAUUCUGGUGGACCCAUGGUAUGCAAUGGGGAGCUCCAAGGAAUUGUGUCUUGGGGCAUAGGGUGUGCUCUGAAAGGUUUUCCUGGCGUAUACACCAAAGUCUGUAACUAUGUGGACUGGAUCCAAGAAACAAUUGCGGCCAACUGA